AUGGACUCUGCCGAAAGCGUAGAGAUCAAGACUUAUGCAGUAGGCGUAACUGCGGUCAUUGAAGAUGAGGACAUCGAAAGAGCGUCAAGUACAAUUGCAGUGACCGCAGUAACAAAAACCCCAUCCAACUGGAGGAAGCCUUAUCAGUUCUGGCUGGCUUCACUGUCGCUAUGGUUGAUAGUGCUGCUUGUGACGCUCGAUGCGACGGCAUUGGCGGUUGCGAUCCCGAGUAUGACAGUCCAGCUCAACGGUACGACCAUAGAAGCCUUCUGGGCGAGCAUCGCCUUCAUGCUCGCCGUAGCCGUCGUUCAACCCAUCUAUGUCACCGUUUCAGAUGUCCUCGGACGACGUAUACCACUUUUCGCAGGUUUAGCUCUCUUCUCUACCGGUGCUGUCGUCUUUGCUUUGGCGCAGAACAUGAGGACAGCCAUUGCAGGGAGAGUUCUGCAAGGCCUCGGCGGUGGCGGUCUGGAUGUACUUAGCGAAGUCAUCGUCACGGAUAUGACAACCCUCAAAGAGCGGCCGCUAUGGAUAGGUCUUCUCACCGUUCCAAUGGCGAUUGGAAGUAUCCUUGGACCCGUUAUCGGAGCGCUCUUCAGCGAGUAUGCCAGCUGGCGAUGGCUCGGAUGGUAUAACUUGCCUUUCGUCGCAGUUGCAGCGCCAUGCGCAUUCUUGUUCUUGAAGUUGAAGCCUGUCGAGGACUCACUGAGAACCAAACUGAAGAAGUUGGACUGGACUGGUAUGGCGUUGUUUGCUGCCGGGGCGGUCCUCUUUGCGCUGCCAUUAAGCUGGGCUCCUGCUAUCUACCCAUGGUCUUCCUGGAGGACAUUGGUUCCUUUCGUAUUAGGCAUUGCGUUACUUGUUGGCUUUGCUGUUUGGGAGAAAUAUCCCGCGCAGCCGUGUAUCCCACACCGGAUCAUGGGAAACACCACCGCGCAAGUGACACUGGUUGGCGGAUUCAUCCAUGGCGCAAUUAUUUACGGCGUCCUGCUGUACCUGCCGCUGUACUUCCAAGCAGUUUUCCGCGAGACACCUCUCCAAGCAGCCGUUUCUGUCCUACCAAUGUGCGUUACUGUCGUAAUUGUCAGUGGCAUCGCAGCACUGGCAGUCGAACAGACGCGCAGGUAUCGUUGGUCGAUAUGGAUGGGAUGGAUCCUGCUCGCUGUUGGAAUGGGUCUCAUAUCGCUGUGGAAGCGUGACACGUCUCUUGCUGCAUCAGUCAGCUUUCAGAUAAUUACUGGCUUUGGACUCGGGUCACUCUUCACAGUGCCAACCAUCGCAAUGCAAGCCAGCGCUCCUACGGUCGACGAUCAGGGUCUCGCUGCCGGGACACUCGUGUCCUUCCGCCUAUUUGGAGGCUUGGUUGGUAUGGCCUGUGGUGCAACAGCCUUUAAUAGCGUAUUUGGGAGUGUGAUCUACCAGGUAGGGGCGCUGCCGCGGGAUGUUGCUGCUUUGGCAGAUCCUGCAAUGGCGAUUGGAUUCAUACCGCACUUGAGGAACGUUUCGGUGCCAGGGUCCUUGCUGGAUAGGAUCGUCGAUGCAUAUGCAGGCUCAUUGAGAGUGAUUUGGUGGAUAUUAGCAGGAUUCGCCGUCGUUGGGGCGCUUGUGUCACUUGGGAUGAAGGAGAUUUCCCUUGAGAACGAGGAAGUAGGGAGACAGAAUUGGGAAAACAAGGAAGAGUGA